AUGCUGUGGAAGACACCCCUGUUUGCGGGGCUCAUUGUGCUGGGCACCCAUAUCUGGACCAUUCAGAAGGAGUUUGUCGAUGUUAGUCAGAACCUAGACUAUUUUGUGGCAUCCGUGGAAUUUGCCGUGGCUCAGUUCAAUGACGACAGCAUGGAGGAGCAGGUGUACAGGCUGCUGGAGGUUGGCCGAGCCCAGCAAAAGACAUGGACAAUGAUAUUUGCAAUGGACUUGGAGCUGGGCCGCACCAUUUGCAAAAAACGCGAUGAAGACAUUGACAACUGCCCAUUGCAAGAAGGCCCAGGGGAGAAAAAGGUGCACUGUACUUUUCUUGUGGAUGCUCGACCUUGGUUUUCCCAGUUCACGCUCCUGUACAGCACCUGUCACGCAGAAAUAGGGCUGGAUGACAGCUUAGAAAACAGCAGCCCCGGGCCCCACACCCUCACCUGCUCCUGA